ACCGAGCCGGGUCGAUGCAGCGCCGGCGCUGCGGAAUGCGCGGCCAACGAAGACGACGAGCGACCCCACCAUUCACCAUCCACCGUGUACCGUCCGAACGAUCGCGUCGACGUACAAGUUGCGCGACGGAGAGGAGGUGCCUCGCCUCUCCUCUCCACCCCUGUCCUCUCCUGUCCACGGUUUCGUUGCACCUCGUCGUCGUGUUCCGCAGAACGCUACGCGCCGCGCACGGAAUCGCUGUGGAAGGUCGCGCGUUCACCAGCUAGAAUAAUCGACGUCCGAGCUCGGCGAACGAGCUGCAGCGACCAAACACGAGUCGAUCAGCGGACAUGAAGUACUCGCCGCAGCAGCAACAGCAGAAGCAGAGGAAGUCGGAGAGCAGCGACGCCGCAUCCAUGGACGCGACGUCGCCGUCCGUUGUCCAGGAGCAACGCAAGACCUCGUCGACGUCGUCGUCGACGCGGGCCACCGUUUGCCGUUCGCCGUCCACCGGCAUGUUCGCCUGGAUGCGGGUGUUCCGGCUGGCGUCGAUGCUGCACCAGGUCGGCUGCUAAGGUUCCCUCCGCGAGCGCGGGGCCUGCGAGGGAGAAACAGAGAGA